AUGGUUAGAGUAAACUGUGAUUAUAUUCCAGCUUGGCCAAUUGUCUAUUAUAAAAAUACAUCAAAGACAAUCUUACAUAUUCUAUGGCCAUUAAUUACAUGGAGUGAAUCUGCAUCUGGAAAUAAAGUAUUUGCAUUAUUAUAUUUCCUAUUUAGAUUGGCAUGGAAAGAGAGAUCUUCUACCCAGUAUGUCGACUUUUUCUGGCCAAUUAUACAUCUCGAAUUUAAUGACAAUGGAUUUAGAUUUGGAAUACGUCCAUUGUUUUGGAUUAUAUCUACCGAUCGAACGUUUAAACUAUCCAUAUUGGGUAUUAUCAAUAUAUUCUCAAAGGACAGCGGUGAUGACGUAUGGGUAGUACUGUUUCCAUUCUUUUGGUAUCGAUACAAGAAUGGAAAGGUAUUCUAUACGAUACCACCGAUUCUCUGGGUUUCCGGAGAUGGCGAUGACAAACUAAAGGUGGUACUACUGCCACUCGGUGUACUCAGUAAGGGUAGCAGUGGAUGGUGGCUAAACGUUGCAUUCUUUUUCCACCUGGCGAUACGCGACAGUGGCGAUAAAGUAUAUUUCCAUCUUCUGCCGUUCCUCGUCGUCAAGAAAGCGAGAAAUCUGAAUAUCAACAUCUGUGGUCUGAUUCACUAUCAGCUAAAGCACAACGAUAAGUAUUUCUUUAUGUUUACGCCGUUGUUCUUGAUGUUUGGUGGUAAUGAUAGUCAUUUCUCACUGUAUAUGAUUCCACUGCUGGUGUAUCGACGUACCGCUUCAUCGUCGCUCUUCAUCUUUAUGUUCAUUUUCUAUAGGAUAAAGAAUAGCAGUAGGUUGAUAUCGAUGUUGAUUCCACUGUAUUUCUAUAGAGAGUGGGAUCAGAAGCGAUCUCGUUAUCUCAAUAUUAUGGGACUUUACAAUUUCCGUCGGUUGUACAGCGAAAACUUGGUACACAUUAUUUUAGCACCGAUUCUAUGGAUCAGAAUAGCAAAGGGUACCUCAUUCACAUUCCAUCUUUGGCCAGCAUUUGGUUUCAAGAUCUCACAGAAAUCCAGAGGAUUCAACAUCUACGUCCUCUAUCCGUUGAUUAUUUACAAGAACAAACGUAAUGGUGACUUUAAACGAUUCAUGUUUAUCUAUCCGCUCUGUCACUAUUACCACGAUAAACAAGAAAAAACUAGAAUUCGGUCAUUCCUUCCAGUAUUUUAUUAUAAAUCACAGCCAUCGGGAGUGUUUGGUUUCUUCCUUCUCUAUUUCUGGUAUAAAGACCGUACCAAUAGCAAUCAAAUCAGUAUGGAUGUCAUUCGAAGAGCCGAUGAACCAACCCCAGAGAUCGAUCCAGAGUUACGCGAUGUACCAGUUCCACCACCUGCAAAACAAGUACCAGAAGUUGAAUAUCAAAUUCGUGGAUUUCUUCCAUUCUUUUACUUUGUUUCCAAGAGAUCAGAGAAUCUUGUCAUCCUAUUACCUUUAUUCUUUGUCAAAUGGAACACUCAAAUGGUCGACUCGAAAUUCGUAUCGUUAAUAUACUAUCAAUCGAAAUACGAAGAUCAUUUCUUGGUGCGUUGGUUGCUACCGGUGUUCUACCAGAAACACACAUCAGAGAAAACACUGGUACUCUCACCGGUCUACUAUUACUACAGCAGAGGAACCAGACGAUUCCGUCUCAUUCUCCCGGUAUUUAUUGACUUUAUCAAAGGAGAGACACACUUUAUCUAUUGUUUCCCAACAUUCAUUCACUACCGAAAGUCUAUCUUUAAGUUCACUUCGUUCUUCCCAAUCUAUUUCCGAACCCAAGAUGCUACCAAGAACGAGUUGUUCACUUACUACUUCCCAAUUUGGGGCAGUGGAUCGCAAGGAUCAAAGUCGAAUACUUACUACUUUUUGUUCCCUCUGUUUGGAUAUAAAUAUGACCGCGAGACUCACGCCAAACGCAUCGAUAUAUUAUUCCCAUUGUUCCACUUUGACCGUGACCCCGAAUCGUAUUCGUUGCGUCUGCUUCCAAUUUUCUGGCGUUCCUACAACGAACGUAAUGAAUUCCUUUUGGUUAUGCCAUUCUACUGGAAGUUUGUCACCGACAAAGAUACACGUGCACAAAUCAACACUUUGUUCAUACCAUUCUAUUUCAAACGUGACUCUGCCCAAUAUUUGUUCACAUUUGCAUCGCCGGCGCUGCUACCACCCUACUAUAUUCACUACCACCGUGAAGCAAGCCAGGUUGAGCAAACUUAUGUAUUCCCAUUCUUUGCUCACAAGAUAAAGGGACUGGAUCAUCUGCGAUGGUUCCUUCUCUAUGUGUACCGACACACUUGGCGUGACUUUAGCGAUGAGAUGUACAUGAAUGUAUUGCUUUACUUCAAGUUAAACAAUCCAAAAUAUCGUAUAUCCGGUUUCAUUCCUCUCUAUAUUGAAUGGUUUGCCAAAGAAACUCAAAAGUAUCAUCUAAGAACCCUUUUCCUUUUGGCAUACGACCGUAUAAAGACAGACCUUAGACGUCAGAAACGUAUUUGUCUCUUCUAUCUCAUCUCGAAUCGUGUUACUCUUUUCCUCUGGAAGAAAACAAAGAAGUCUUCAACUGGACACGUUGUUAGUAGUACACCGGCACAAGGCGCAGAUGAAGAAGGAAGUUUGGGUACUGACAUUGAUCGACCAGCUCCUCCUAAACCUCAUUUCGAUCACCACUCAAAGAAGAUAUUCCUAUUCCCGAUUUUCCAUUACUGCUCAUCGAGCACUGAUAAAUAUUAUCAACUCUGUUUCCUUUGGUUCGUUAAGCCAUGGUUAUCAUUUAUCUACCGCUUCAAGAGUGAAACUGAGAGUUGCUUCCAAGUACUCUUUGCCUUCUACUACAAUUGUUCGUCUACAUUGAAGCAGCUUGCUAUUAUCUGGUUCUUCAAUCCCAAUGUUGGAUUGUUCCUCUACGAAAAGACACCGUUCGUUGUGAUCAAGAGAAUAUUCCCAUUAUUCUGGAGAAUGUCAACACCAAAGAAAUUCGAAUCGGUCGAAGAGAUGAAAGAAGAAACCGAGCAAUCUACGAGCUCUGGCAGUGAGAUAUCAAUUCUCUCAAUCCUCUAUAUUAUUCCAAGCUACGGUCUCUAUAACUAUCGUUACAACAGCGCCAAGAAUAAGAAAUCACAUUACCUGUUCCCAUUGUACUACCACUCGAAAUCAGAACGUCAGACAACAACAUCGGUACUAUACGCCGGUCAUCCUGUGGUAUCAUUCUUCCAUAGAUCCAAGCAUGGCUCCAAUCUCAUUCUUAGAAUAUUCCCACUGUUCUAUUACUACUCUGAUACUGAUUCGUCGCUUCCCGUUAGUGGUCUAUCCAUUCUUUGGAUUGGACAUCCAGAUGUUGCUUUCUACCGUACCUACAAAUCUAGUCGUAGUUCAAUCGUUUCUAUAUUCCCAUUGUUCUGGUCCAAGACAUCGUAUGCCAAUAAGAGUUAUCAACUUUCAAUCAUUUAUGUGGUUCGUAAAUUUGGUUUGAUAGACUAUUACACCGAGAGUGAAGCCGACAUUUUCCGUUUCUAUAUAUUCCCAUUCUUCCAUGUGUCGCAUUCGCCAGGUGAUACACGAGUCGGAAUUCUCUAUGCUGGACAUCCAAAAGGAUCGGUAUUCUCUGGUUACUUCACAGAAACACACUCCAAGUUCUUUGUAUUCUUGUUCUUCUACUACCUUAGAGAUACCGCCGAGCAGAAAACUAAAUUCUCAUUGCUCUGGAUUGCAGAUCCACGAGCCAGUCUCAUUGGAUAUUGGUCACACGGUCGUCAGUCACACUUCCAUGUACUCUUUGUCAUUUGGGUGGCAACCGCCGAAGAAUAUCUACAAUGGGGAUUGUUUUGGAUUGCUUGGGCUAAAUCCGAAGUCUAUCCAUCUAGCUUCCUCAAUCAAGAGGCAAGCGGAAGUGAUCCAAUCAUCAGAAAUAUCUACUAUCCUGUAUCACUUUUCCUCUCUUACAACGACGGUGCCUAUUCGACACAUCACUUUAUGCCUAUCUAUAGAUACACCAACAAGGUGGUCAAAGAGCAAGAGAAACUCUGGGCAUUGUUUGGAAUGUUCUAUUUGGUAACCAGAAAAGACUACACUGAAGUCCGUUGGUGUUACCGUUGGAUUCGUGUUAAAUCCAGUCCAUCUGUAUAUUUGGUCGAAGUCAAUCCAUUCGUUUCCUACAAACGUAAACACAAUGCCAGUAGAUUAUUAUUUUUGGGUGGAAUGUGUGGAUAUGAUGAUAGACUUUCCGAUAGUACUUGCAGAAUUUGUUGCAUUGAAAUUUAA